UCGUCACUUCCGGCGGCGUUGCUAAGCAACUGGGCGGUUGAGAUAAACACUCCGCAGCCUGGAGUCCGCUGAGUUUUCGCGAAGGAAUCGCCUUUCCAACCUGAGAGCGCCAUGGGCACCUCAGAGGUGGUGGUACGGUUCGGAAGGCGCUGUGGACGGGCGAAGGAAAUCACGGGUGAGCUAAACUGGCCCAUCUUGGCACGGGCAUUGUUUCUGGUCCCCAGGCAUGGGGCGAGAGGUGCCAAGGGAGGGCUUUCCUUAGCUUCUGAAAUGCUCCACCAAGUAGAAAGCAGCGCCAUGGGCAUCCUUGGGCUCUGUGUAAAUUGAAACAGUCUAGCCCUUGAGUGAAUGGGUGGGUGGGAAAAGGUUACCGAAAAAAGGGUAGAGAAAAGAAGUCAGAGAAUCCCAAUUGACGAUCUGGUCACAUCCUCAAGCUGCGCAGUUGCAGCUCCAAGAAUUGGUGUUUGCUGAAUUCUCUCGCGCUUAAGCUUUUAUUCAUUGAGUGAAUUGGAGUAUAUUUUGGAAAUAUCAGUGACCUCAUUAGAGUCUUGGGUCUGCUGUGAAACUACUGAGUGCUCUUAGGAAAGCGUCUGAAGGAAAUGUCUCAAUUUCUUCAACUCUGAAGAAAUAAAGAACUAUGAAGAAGAUCAAGUUCUCUAUCCACCUCUUCUACCCGACAAAGUAGAUCUCCGGCAGGUCACCAUAAUUCCACACAAUGAGUGGGAGAGGAUUCGAGAUAGCCUUGACAGUUUGACAAGAGAGGCAGCACACCUUCGUGCAGAAAGAAAGGCAAAGAAAGAAAUGCAUUUCCGAUCCCAAGAAGUGGUAAAGCACUGGACUAAUACAUACGCAGGGAUGAAAAAACAGAAACUCGAAGCCAAAAAGAAACGUGAUGAAGAAAUAGAGGCAGAAAGACAAAUUCUUGAUGUGGAAGAAGCAAUAUACAAACAAGGAGAAAGGAAAAAGGCCAUCGAAUAUGCAAAACAAUAUCAAUUUUACCAGACAGAAAGAGUGAAAAACUUUCAUUCAGGACUUCUUCUUAGUAGAGUUAUGAAGGAACGUGAUGCACAAAUUGAAUUCCAAAAAAGUAAAAUAAAAUCAGAUAAAAAAUGGGAGGAACAGUUGAAACUAAACAUUGAAAAAGGUUUUAAAGAAGAACAAGAAAAAGCAGAAAAGCAACGCAGAGAUAGACUGGCUCUUGCCAAAGAUCAUUUAAAACAAAUAAAGGAACAUGAAGAAGAAGAAGAAAGGAGGAGAAAACAGGAAGAAAAGGAUGCUGAGGAAAUAAAGCAACAGAGUUUAUUAUACGAAAUAGAAAUGAAAAAAAAACUAGGAAUGAAAAAAGAAAAGAUCAAUGAAAGCAGGAGACUCUUUUUUGAACAUCUGAAUGAUAAAAAUGUCAUCAAAGCUAUAGAACAGCAGCAGCAAGAGGAGGAAGAUGAAAAGAUUAGAAAAUUUAUCAAAGCUAAAAAGCGUCUUAUACAAAUGGGGAAAGAAAAAGAAGCUGAAACACACAGGCUAAUGGAGGAACGGAGAGAAAGAAUAAAUAAUUUCCUGAGUAAACUAAUGAAAGAGAAAUUUGACAAUGAAGAUUUGAUUAUUGCUAGAGAUAUUGCAGAAGCUGAGGCUGAGUGGGAAAAAAGAGAAAGAGAAAAACAUGAAAAAAACAAAGCAGAAUUAAAAGCAAUUGCAGAACAUAGAGCUGUUGUGAUGAACAAUAAAGAGGAAGAAGAAAGACGAAGAAAAAUAGAGGCUAAAGAACAAUUGCUAGCCAUCCUAAAAGCAGACCAGAUUUUCUGGGAGCAUGAAAAGGAGAAAAAACGGAAAGCUGACAAAGAACGUAGAGAAGUUCAAGAUGCCCAUAUUCAGCAAAUGGCCAAAAAUAAGUUUAAAGUAAAGCAAGCAAAACAAGCAGAAUUAGAGGACUGCAGACUUACUGAAGCUCUCAUGGCUGAAAAGGAGAAGGAAUUUCAGGAUUAUGCCAGAGAAGUAAUUGAACUCGAGUCUAAAUCAACAAACAAAUAUAUGCAUCCUCUUGUAAAAGCUGUACAGGAAGGACCUGGAGGUGGUCAUGGACCAGUUUUUGUGGACAGAGGUGGAUUAAGACCCAGCUAUCAGGCAAAUGAUAUCACUGGAGUGCAGCUCCCUUUUUAUAACUCUCAGGGAUCAAAAUAUAAUAAUUUUCAAAAGUCAAAGGGAAGGCUAGGUUUUACAUGGUAGAAAAAGUUUAUUUUUAAGAUUAAUAAGACUAAGUUGUAGCUAAUAUUGAGCUACAAAUUCAAGUGAUUAUGCUUACAAUUUGUUAAUAAAGCUGCUUUUCAUCUAAGUACCA